UGAGUACGCGGUGGAUAAAUGUGGGGUUGGGUGCAAUGAGCGAUGGGAAGGCGAAUUGACAAUUUAAAUUAAUAUUAUAAGCGGUGGCUUGGUUCUUUCAGCUGAUUCGCAUGACUUCUAAUAAUAACGUCGCUGUUGCGCUACUUGCACCCUCCCCAGCGAGUCUGAAGCGGAAACGUGAAGCUGCCAAACAAUUGAUUGAAAAUUACUACUUUCAGUUAACAAAAGGCUGUGGAAAUGAGUUCUGUGCAAAUGAGAACUGUGCUUCCUGCUCUGGUUUCGAGCAGUUGGAUAAUAAUCAGGCUGCAGCCAGAGCCCUGGAGUUGUACCAGACUAGGGCAGAGUUAUGUACCGGCUGGCCCACCAAGAAAGCAAAAACAUUGGUUUGCCAAAGCAUUUCACCUGACAAGCUUAAACAUGGAGAUCUCAACGUUGCUGUAAACGACACUGAUGUGAUUGGUAGUGACAAACAGAAGUGGAACAACUUUCAAGCCAUCAGCUAUCUUACUGAAGAAAAAGUGGAUGAAAUUCUAAGUGUUUGCAAUGAAACGGGAGACCUCUCACUACUGGUGCGAGUCAUUGGCCAGAUAUUCUCCAGUGCCGAAAAACUGGUUAAGAGCUUCAGGAAACCUGAAAUGAAGAAAAAGUGUUUGAACUGUUUACCAGAAAAUAUGCGGGCUAAUUUGGAAAAAGAUCAUAAAGCUGGAGCAGUUGUUGGAUGUGACUAUUCAGUACCUUGCUGUUCUCAACAGAAAUCAUGUGAUUAUCUUCAGCAAUCAUUUAAGCCAGAAGAGUUAACUAUAGAUUUGAAAUCUGUUCGGCGGGUAUACAGAAAACUUUUAGUACAUAACCAGAUUGAAACUGCACUAAUUAAUGCUUUGAUGUAUCUGUCACCAGAUGUGGAAUGUGAUUUAACCUCUCGUGAUGCAUAUAACAGAGAUGCAACCUACCUAAACUUAUUCAUAAUUGUGAUGGAAAAUCAUAACCUUCAUAGUCCUGAGUAUCUGGAAGGAGCCUUGCCUAUGUUUUGCAAAGCAAUGUGCAAACUUCCUCUGUCAGCACAAGCUGAUCUGAUUCGACUGUGGUCAACAUACAGUGCUAUUGAUAUCCGUAGAAUGGUUGAGGUCUUUCAACAGCUUAUUACAUACAAAGUUAUCAGCAAUGAUUACAGUUGUCGAAAUUUGGUGAAUGAUGAUGAUGUUGCAGUUGCUGCAGCCAAGUGUCUAAAAUUGGUGUACUAUGCAAAUUUAAUGGGUGGUGUGUUGACCUUUGAGAAUGAUGAUGAGGAAUCCUCACAAGAAACCAGAGAGAAGAAUUUGCAACAGAAUCUUUUAAUUGAGACAACCAAUUACAAGAAAGGCCCCCGGGUGGACCCUUUCGAAAAAAUACUUAAUUCUAAGGCUAUUGACUGUUGUCGACCAGUCAUACCUUAUGAGGAAUUUGUUAAUGAAUCAUUAAACAAUGUUCUUGCAGUGGAUAAGGACUACAUAUUUUUUAAAGUAGAUAGUGAGAAGAAAUUUUCUUUCUUGACGUGUCCUUUCCUCCUUACUCCCUAUACUAAAAGUCAAGGCCUCUAUUAUGACAACAGAAUUCGAAUGUUCAGCGAACGCCGUAUAACUGUGUUGUACAAUUUGGUACAAGGACAGCAAGUUCAACCUUAUCUUCGACUAAAAGUAAGGCGUGAUCAUCUGAUUGAUGAUGCUCUUGUGCGGUUGGAAAUGAUUGCCACUGAGAACCCAUCAGAUUUGAAAAAGCAACUGUACGUGGAAUUUGAAGGUGAACAAGGAGUGGAUGAAGGUGGCGUUUCCAAGGAAUUCUUUCAGCUAGUUGUUGAAGAGAUUUUUAAUCCUGAUAUAGGAAUGUUUACUUAUGACAGCUUUACAAAACAAUUUUGGUUCAACCCUACCUCUUUUGAGAAUGAUGGGCAAUUCACACUAAUUGGAAUAGUGCUGGGUUUGGCGAUUUACAAUCACUGCAUCCUUGAUGUCCACUUCCCUAUGGUAGUUUACAGGAAAUUGAUGGGCAAAAAGGGAACUUUAGAAGAUCUUGCUGGCUCUCAUCCUAUACUGUAUCGAAGCUUCAAAGAAGUCCUGGAAUAUGAAGGAAAUAUAGAAGAAGAUAUGAUGAUCACAUUUAAAGUAUCAUAUAAUGACCUAUUUGGAGUGCCAAUAAUUCAUAACCUAAAAGAAAGCAGUGAUGAGAUCCCAGUCACAAACCAGAAUAAAAAGGAAUUUGUUCAACUAUAUACAGAUUAUAUUUUGAACCAGUCAGUGGAAAAACAGUUCAGAGCAUUCAGUCGAGGUUUCCAUAUGGUUACAAAUGAGUCUCCCUUGAAAUAUCUUUUCAGACCAGAAGAAAUUGAACAAUUAAUCUGUGGCAGCAAGAAUCUGGAUUUCCAUGCGCUUGAAGAGGCGACUGAAUAUGAUGGAGGAUUCACAAAAGAAUCUAGGAUAGUAAGAGAUUUUUGGGGAAUAAUCCACAGUCUUCCAGAGGAACAAAAGCGUCAAUUCUUGCAGUUUACCACAGGUUCUGAUCGGGCUCCUGUAGGUGGCCUUGGCAAAAUUAAGUUAAUCAUAACCAAGAAUGGACCAGAUUCAGACAGGUUACCAACAACACAUACAUGCUUCAAUGUACUGCUGCUUCCAGACUAUUCUACCAAGGACAAGCUGAAAGAAAGGCUUCUUAAGGCGAUCACAUACUCAAAAGGUUUUGGCAUGCUGUAAUUAACUUUUCACUAGGCAAAUAUGUCAACUCAAACAGAAAAAGCAAUCACUUUUUUAAAAAUAUAGGCCAACCACUUAGUAUAGUUGCAUUUGAUUUCAAUUUGUCACGUUCAUAUUGAAAUUUCCAUAACAGCCUUCAUCUGGUUGCAAGUUGUGCAAUUGCAUAAACACUAACGAUCUUGCAGCAACAAACUACUGAAGGGACGCAGCUGGUCGAGCUGCAUCUGUGAGGGGUGAUAUUGUUUUGUCUCCAACAAGAUUACUUGAUUUGGCAGUGAACUAUUGAACUUAAGCAUUUGUCAAAUGUCUGUAAUUUAAAAAUCACAUGGUUUUCAAGAAGAAGGAUAUCUAUUUCAUCAUUGCACAUUCAAAAUUGUUUGAUGGAAAGAGGCAGUGGUGCAAGUGUACUGAAGAAAACAUUUUCAAAAGUCUUUUUGUAUCUUUGCUUUCCCCUUUUGCCCAUUUGAUGUGACUUAACAGAUUGGGGUGCCAGAAGCUAUAUCUUAAUGAAGAAAGUGGUUAGACUGGAAGCAUUCCUGAAAAUGCUUUCUAUAAACCAAGCACAUGAAAUCUUUGUUUCUUGGUUUCUCUUAAUUUCCUCUUGAUACACUGAGGGGAAGCGACCACUUUUUUGUACUUGUUUGUUUUUUUUUACUGUCAGCUGAAUAAGAUCAAUGCCAAGACACUUAACAAGGAAAUGCUUGUAAUGCACAUAAUGACUCUUGUUUCACAGUGACUACUAUAGUGUAUGUAUGAUUACAACAUUUUAGAAUAUUGUAAUUUGGGUUGUCAAUUUUUAUUUUCUAAUCAAAUAAAGAUGUCUCAAACACAAGGGAUUUAAAUUUAAUGUACAAAUAAAAUUAACAACCAGAUGUAUAGUUGUUAUGCAAACAUACUUUGGGGUGUAUUUAAGAUUGAGUAGUAAUCUGUAUUGUUGUAAUUAAAUUGAUCAAAAUGCAUUCAAGUUCACAUGUCUUUCUUGUAACAUUUUUUCUUUUCUGGCUCAUGUUGUUAAUGUUGUUAUGUGGCAAAAAUAAAUCUAUA